AACGACAAAUACAGAGUACAGACAGUCAGAGACCAUUUGUUUUCUCAAACGACAUGUCAAUCCGAAAACCUUAUGCCUUCCCUUAAAAACUCAAACCGGUGCGUUAUCUCUAUUUUGCUCUCUCUGUCUAUCUCAAAAUCUUCUUCCUACGUGAAAUUGACUUUUGUGGCUAAGCAGAAGCUGUUUCUCUGUUACAGUUUGCAGAGAAUGAUAUUUCCACGAAGUCUUGAGGUUUGGAAAUUAGGUAAAGUCAACUACUUGGAAGCACUUAAGCUGCAGGAAAAGCUAGUGUGUGAUAGAAAAGCUCAUAAGAUUCCAGAUACGCUGUUGUCCCUGCAACAUCCUCCUACAUAUACUCUUGGCAAACGGCGCACUGAUCAUAAUUUGUUGAUCCCUGUGCCUGAACUUGAAAAGAUAGGAGCUGAACUUCACUAUACACAAAGAGGAGGUGACAUUACAUAUCACGGUCCUCAUCAAGCCAUCUUAUACCCCAUCAUUUCUCUUCGUGACAUUGGACUUGGUGCUCGGAAGUAUGUGGAAAAACUUGAGUUAACAAUGAUUGAUAUGGCAUCACAAUAUGGUGUGAAAGCUUGUGCUGGAAAAAAGUGUGAGACCGGUGUUUGGGUUGGAGAUAGAAAGAUUGGUGCAAUUGGAGUUCGCAUAUCAUCUGGAAUCACUUCUCAUGGAUUGGCGUUCAACGUUGAUCCUGAUUUAGACUAUUUUAAGCACAUUGUGCCUUGUGGGAUUGCUGAUAAAGAAGUUACAUCUUUGAGAAGGGAGACAGGGAUGGGCGCUUUGAUUUUCCAUGGGAACAAGGCUUACAAAAAGGAGCUGCACAUGUUAAACAGUAAGGCUAUUAGAAUUCUCACCUCUUUGUACAGAACCUUUACAGCCUUGAGAGGGUAUGUUCUCCCUCCCUCCCUCUCUAUUGGUGUCUAAUAUUCAUUAGCAUUCUUACAUCCAUGCAACAGGCAUCUGCAUAAGAAUUUUUGAUACAUUCUUGUUUAAUAGAACUGAACCGCACAUAGUAUGGAUAUCAUCUUAUAUGCAUUCAGCCAAUAUAUCUAAACUGUAGAGCUCUAAUUUUAUGCUUCUAAUAGAUUUAGACUGAUGUUUUUAACUGGUUGAAGUGUUCCAUCUCUAAAUUGAAAUCUAAGUCUUCUUUCAAUGAAUAAUUAUAUUAUGGGACCUUCCAAAUUGAAAAUGAUAAAAGUUUUAACUCAACUGGGAAGGAAGAGAAGUUUGUUACACAGCAUAGCAUACAGAUUUAUUUUCCACCGAACCAGUAGAAUUCCCAUCUCCUUCCUUUUUUAUUUGUUUAAUUUUUUUGCUUUGCUCCUCCAUCUGGAUCUUAAUUUAAUACUAAAAAACAAAAUCUAAGUUGGCCUGUUGGAUUUACUUUUUUAUUUUUUCUUUCUCACCCAUUUUAAAUAUGUUUGUCACUAGAUAUGGAAUCAUUACUGAUAAUGAUGAAUUAUUGCUAGUCCAUAUGCAGUAUACUUCCUAUAUAUAUCCUAUAUAUAUAUAUCAGUAAUUUCCUUAUCUCCUUUAAUAGUUAUAUACGAGGUCAUUAUUUUUCUUUUAUUUUCAUAUACAUCCCAAUAUUCUAGACUUGUUUCCAAUUGAAACAUAAUUUCCAAACUCAGUAUUCAAUGCAUUGAAAGAAAAGUUUUGCAAAGAAUCAAUGGGCACUAGGGAGUAAUGCUAUAAAGAAGUGGCUGUCCAUUUUGCUAAUAGACAUGGCAGUGCACGUAAUAUCAUGCAUGCUGUCAUCUGCUCUGGCAAAUCCCAAA